AUGGUCCCGAGAAUACACACCUACCGUCCGCUCCUGCGGCUUGCCCACCGGCAAAUCCCCGCCCAACCCCGACCAAACCUCAUCGCCGCCGUCGCGUUCUCAACCUCCCGGUCGACCCGGAACCAACCACCACCACCACCACCACCACCACCCUCACAAACCCCCUCCAAACCCCUCCCGGAAACCAUCCACAUCAGCGACGCCUCCCCUCCCCCUCCCCCAGAGCCUCUCAUCACCAAAACCAUCCCCAACCGCCGCCCCAACCGCCGCCGUCUGAUCUCCCGCCUCCUCUUCGCCGGCACCUUCCUCCUCCUCGGCACAAUCGGCGGCUCAACCCUCCGCCUCUUCAUCUCCCCCCCGACCCCUCCCACCCCCGACACCGACCAAGACAAAUACGUCAUCUCCGACCUCCACUCCCAAGCCUCCCGCCUCCCCAUCGUCCAGCAACUCUCCUCCGACCCAGCCUGGACCAGCUGGGAAGCCUACAACACCCUCCCCCCCUCCCACCGCGCCCAGCACAUAACAGCCCACACCCUCCGCGGCUCCCGCGGCGUGGGCGGCUACCAGCGCAUCUUCCACAACGCCUCCACCGGCGAGCUCGUCUCGGUGAUCUUCUUCGGUCCGGCCACCAUCGGCUGGCCGGGUGUUGUUCACGGGGGGUGUUUAGCCACCAUUCUGGAUGAGAGCUGCGGUAGGGCGGCGUUUAAGCAAUGGGGUGGGCUGGCGGGUGUGACUGCCAAGCUGAAUAUCGAAUACAAAAAGGCGACGUUGGCGAAUGGGUUCUAUAUCAUAAGAGUAAGACCAAGGACGGAGGAGGAGUUGCCUGAACGUGAGAGGGGGAAGAGGCAUUACAAGAGCUGGGUGGACGCGGUGAUUGAGGAGCCGGCUACGGGGCAUGUGACGGUGAAGGCGGAGGCGUUGUUUGUGGGGGGGAAGGGGGAUGGGAAGGGGGAGGGUAAGAAGAAGUUUAGUUGGGGGGGGAAGGUGCAGGAUGCGCAUGCCGAGUUUUGA